AUGUCACACGCAGUAAAAAUCUACGAUACUUGUAUUGGAUGUACACAAUGUGUACGUGCUUGCCCAACGGAUGUUCUUGAAAUGGUACCUUGGGAUGGAUGUAAAGCAGGGCAAAUUGCUUCCGCACCACGAACAGAAGAUUGUGUCGGAUGUAAGCGCUGCGAAGCAGCUUGUCCGACUGAUUUUUUAAGUGUACGUGUCUAUCUUGGAUCAGAAACAACACGUAGUAUGGGACUUGCAUACUAA